CUCCAUAAGAAACUAUGCUAGGAUUAGGAUAAUUAAGAUAGGAUAAUUAGAAAUUAGAAUCCUCUAAAAUAGUUUUUGUGCUAGUUUGAGAUAUUUUGGUUGUUACAUUGUUUUCCCUUUCUAUUUCUAAGAGGACCAUCUUCUCUUUGAUAAAUUGUAACAUUGACACUUUGAUCAAUCAAUAAUAAUAUGAGGAAUAUUCAGAACAUCUCUCUAAGAUUCUCUUAAUUUCUUUCACAUUUUUCCUGGACUUAUUAAUUAUAUGUGCUAUGCCUAUGUCUUUACUUGAAGGAGCAAAAUAUCACUAUCACCCUUGAAUUGGUACCCAAUAAGUACUCAAAUUCAUUCCCUUGUUCUUCUCAACACCCUUUCUUUUUACUCUUUCUCUUGUGUCCAAACUUAGUUAAACUUAUCACUCUUGGAUUUGUAUCUUCAAUGGCUCAAAUCACUCUUAUUUCUCCAACAACUGUCAUAGCUAUUACUGGUAGGAGGAAGAAACUAAGUGAAAUAUCUGGUGCUAGUGUAAGGUACAAAUUGAGCUCACUAUCACCACAUGUGAAUUGGAAUAUUCAAAAGCAUAUUCCAUGGUUUGGUUUUACUACAUCAUCAAAUUAUUAUUAUUCAUAUUCAUAUGGUAAAAAUAAUAAUACAAGUGGAGUGGUGAAUGUUUCUGAAGGAGCUAUCUCUGUUCCUCAUGGUUGGCCACUUGAAAAGGUUUCUGAAGAUCAAAAGGGUUCAAAAAUGAAAGGUUCAUCACGUUUCUUCACAAUAGGUCUUGUAGCAGCAUGGUACUCUUCCAACAUUGGUGUUCUUCUAUUGAACAAGUAUUUGCUGAGCAAUUAUGGUUUCAAGUAUCCUAUUUUUCUUACCAUGUGUCAUAUGACAGCUUGUUCUUUGUUUAGCUAUGUUGCUAUAGCAUGGAUGAAGAUUGUUCCUAUGCAAACAAUUCGAUCUAGAGUUCAAUUCUUUAAGAUCUCUGCUUUAAGUUUGAUUUUCUGUGUUUCUGUUGUGUUUGGGAAUAUUUCGCUUCGGUAUCUUCCUGUUUCUUUCAAUCAGGCUAUCGGCGCUACUACGCCUUUUUUCACUGCCAUUUUUGCUUAUAUUAUGACCUUUAAGAGGGAGGCUUGGCUCACUUAUCUUACCCUUGUUCCUGUUGUUACUGGUGUUGUUAUUGCUAGUGGGGGUGAACCGAGUUUCCAUUUAUUUGGAUUCAUUGUAUGUAUUGCGGCUACAGCUGCAAGAGCCCUGAAAUCAGUGCUUCAAGGAAUUUUGCUUUCUUCUGAAGGAGAGAAGCUGAAUUCAAUGAACCUCCUUCUUUACAUGGCUCCAAUGGCUGUGGUUUUCCUUCUUCCCGCUACACUUAUAAUGGAAGAAAACGUGGUUGGCAUCACCUUGGCUCUAGCCAGAGAUGAUGUUAAGAUCAUUUGGUAUCUGCUAUUCAACUCAGCUCUUGCUUAUUUUGUCAACCUGACCAAUUUUUUGGUCACGAAACAUACUAGUGCUCUGACCCUUCAGGUACUAGGGAAUGCUAAAGGCGCUGUAGCAGUAGUAGUUUCAAUCCUAAUAUUUAGAAACCCAGUUUCAGUCACUGGAAUGAUGGGUUAUGCGCUCACAGUCUUUGGAGUAAUUCUUUACAGCGAAGCCAAAAAGCGAACAAAGUGAUACUCUACUCACAUCAUCAUUCAUGGGAAAUCACAUAUCAGCACUGAACUUACAAUAUUUUGUUUUAGUUACUGCACAGACAACCUCACUUCCAUGAGGUGAAUUUGUUUAGAAUGCUAGUGACCAGAAUCCGAAUCUUUGACUCUAAUAUACAAUUUUUUUGUCCCCACAUAGAAAGCCUCAUUGAAUGGGUUCCUUAUUGAGUUAUAUAUAGCAAUGAUGCAAAAAUAUCCCACAGUACAAAAGUUGCAAUAAGUGACUGUUAUUUCUCUUCUUACCUAUAUCAGGAUAAUUUAGUAAUGUCUUUUUGUCAUGCAUUCUUUGAUGAAAGAGAUGUAAAAUUGGAUAUCUACUCAUAUUUGUCAACUUUACUUAUAUUGGUUUAUUAAUGAUACAAUUCAUAAUUUUGCCUAAA